AAAUAAAAUCGAAACUGAAUGACAAUAAAAAAGCACACACAAACCGUUUUGCUUCUCCUCACACACAGCUCUUGUUCUAUUCGCUACCCAGCCCUGCCGUUGGGCAUAGUCGGGCUCGAAACCAGCAGCGACCAUUAUCAAAUUACACCUUGCCGCCGACCGAAACGCGUGAGAACGCGUUGGGGGAAACAAAAGUACAAAUCUUAACCUUUUUUUUUGUAUGUUUUUUUUUUUUUGAAACGAGCAAAUAAAAGCCGCUUAGCCCGCCCGCUCGCGCCCGCGACGAUGGUUGAUGGUUCUCUCCUUGCCGCGCGGAGAAAUAACUUAUGCAUGCGGACAGCCCGAAACACCAUCGAGCGAGAAGCGUUUAUCAAUGCCUCUCCGCUUCCCCGAGCAGAUCCGAUCGCGACCAGGCGCGAGACUAAGUGGCUCGAUAAUCGGCGCAUAUCCCAACACCAGCACCAUCCAUCGUCAUCGUUCAUCUGCGAAGUCAUCGACAAAUUCCACCCGAAUCUUGCCCGACAAGCCCCGCGCGGAUGGACACCGUUUUACGACCAGUUUGGGCUGUCAGAGAUUUUGAAGAAAAAAAAAAAACCUCCGGCGCGGCGGCAUCCACCUCACGUCCAGGCGUCGUCGUCGUUGCCGCCGUCCAAGCUUUUACGAUCCGGCCCAAUCGUGCCCGGGAUCGACAAUCGUGUCCGCGCUGUGUCCGCGGGACAUUUCGUCAGCAGCGCUUGUCAAGAUAGCACCUCACAGCGUAUGACCAAGUUUGAUUGUCAGCUAAGGCAUAAGCAAGCAAAAUUGAAAGUCGUCUCCGGUCCCUGUUUUAAGGUGAUGCUUCCCAAGAUUCCCAUCCGGUAACCGGGACACUCACCCAGAUCAUCUGCAUCAGGGCGCUGACGCACGGCAAAUGACAGAUGGGACACCGCAUACAUGCCAGAGCCCCAGCCCAGCCGACCAGGCCGACAACCUUGAUCAUCGAACAUGACUAGCCAAAACGAUCAGCAAGAUGAAACAAAAAUCGGUAAGGACUGGAGCAGGUCAGCGAUGAAAUCCCAAAAACUAAAAAUCACAUCGCUCAAUACGGUGCAUCUAAGCGCUCCGGCAAGCAAGGGUAAAUAUUAGGAAUCGAAAAACAAUUAUUGACCGAAAGCCGAACCAUCCUCCAGCAAUGCUCUCUUCGUUUGACUUAACCGGCACCAUAUGGUGCCGAGCAGCAGCUUGUUGGGAAAUUAAUCUCGCCCGGACAGGUGCACGUUGGUUGACUGCGGGAAACCGCUGGAAAACUGUGGACGUCAUUGCUUCCUGCCGUAAUUUACGUGGCCGUCGUCGGGCCGGGGAACGCUUGCUGGGAAACGAAACCUUGCCCGGGGCAUUCAUCAGCGUAACAUCUUCGUCGGGAUGACGUGAUUUCGCACAGACUGGAACACAAGCAUACCACCGACAGUGCCUGGCAUGGAUGAUAAAUGCGGAGCAAAGGGCGUAUAUUGCAGCCUUUGAGCGAUGCUGGACCAGCCUUGAGCAGCAAUGACGAGCCCAGCUCGAUCAAGGAUAGAGCAAGAAUUCGUCAACAGAUCUUGCUGCUCGGUACCCUCUUCAACAUCCACUACAGCGCUGUGAAGCAGUAGCAGGACACUUCAUACUGCGCCAUAGUGUUUCCUCGGCGCCCACAAUGAGGAAGGAGCGAUUACAUUUCAGGGCCACCAUUGAAGGCCACAUCUGAAAAUCUUGCGCACGUGUCGUGGGAUUCGAAGGAGUGGAGUUUUUUAUUGUUUUUUUUCGUCUUGUACCCAACGGUUUCUACGUUUUUAAAAGGUUCCUCGUUAUUGGAUUCAAUGAGAGCGACUCGCAGAGUGGCGCUAAUCGGUCAAAUUUAUCACUCGACAGCUCACAUUUACAACACCUCCUAGGCUCGCAGCUUGGCCUUAUCGGAACAAGUGAGGGAGAGAGACAAAAAACCACAAAAGCUAGAAGGCUAGAGAUGCCGCCCGAUUCCACUCCCAAAUGCCCAAACCUAACCGGUCAUUCAGUUUUUUUUUUACUAAAUUUAAAAACCACCAACGGUCGCCGGGGUCUCACACGUCAACACAGCUGAUUGUACGGCUGCUCGCGCGGCACU